AUGUUCCGAUUCAGUUGUUUCAACAACCUCGUGGUAGACCGAGUCGAUCCCAUCGUGAACCCUGGCGAGGCUGCUGGUCACUUGCACGCUAUCAGCGGUGGAAAUGGCUUCAGCAUGGAUGCCGACGGCGCAGCCAUGAAGGCAUCCACGUGCGCUUCAUGCCCCAUCGGUGCCGGCUUAAGCGCUUACUGGGUCCCUCAACUUUAUGUCAAGUUCAAGAAUGGCACUGGAUUUGAUCUCACCAGAUCGUCUACUAACAACCACCUGCGUGAGAAGGGAGAUUCCAUCGAAGAAAAAGCUAUAACGUGGGUAUGCAUUGACUACGACAACCCGCAUCCGGAGCAACAAGGCAUUCCCAACUUUAAGUACCCCAAUGGCCUGCGCGGACAAGUUAACUUUCCCAUGUGCUGGAACGGCAUCGAUCUAGACUCGCCUGACCACAAGUCUCAUUUGUCUUACGCUUCAGAACUAGAUGGCGGAAAUUGCCCGAAGGGCUGGAAGAAAAUGGUCAAGAUCUUCUAUGAGGCCUUCUACAACGUUGCUCAGUACGAUGACUAA